UCACCACCACUACCACUACCACCACCACCACCAACGGGAUAUAAGUUAACCCACAUCUGCCCUAUUCGACCAUCACCCACUGGCCAUUUCACUUUCCGCCACUCCUACUACACAACCGCCAACAACAUGUCUUUCCUUCUCCGCACUUCGACCCUCGUUCGCCAGAGGCUCUUCACCACCUCUGCACGUGCUCGCACUGCCAUUUCCCUCGAGGAUGCCACAGCAGCACACAUGGCAGCCGCCCCAGGCGCCAGUGUUGUCCCCAAGCUCGGAAGGGUCGCCAGAUGGUACCUCCCUACCAUGGCCAUGGUAGCCAUCGGUAUGAUCUAUCUUCCCAGAGAUGCAUCAUCGUCGCAGCCUCGCCGGCCACUUUCGCUUGGUGAUGCUAAUGCUAACAUAGGUUUUGGUGUUACAAAUGCCCUCAAUGAUGCCAACCGCAAGGUCCACUCUGCACUAGAGCUGACCCAGGAGCAAAGGAACCAGAUGCUCAUGGACGCCUAUGGCGAGCGCUCUAGCCUGCAAGACAUGGAGCGCGCCAUUGCCGGUCUAGAAGCCAGGCUCACUACGCGCAAGGACAGGAACAAGAUUCUCGAGGAGGCGUACGGCGACAAGACCAGCAUCGAGGAUCUUCAGCGUGCCAUGGAGAUUUACGAGGUGCAAUGAGUGAAGGCGAGGCGUUGAGAGGGGAGGUUGUAAGAAACUAGCCGAGCAGAAACGACCAGUGUUGCGUGCAACAACGGACACACGCCACAGGAAGGACCCGAAGAAAGGCACGAGAGAGAACAAGGAAAUCCAUGCGCUGCGCGCCAUGGACCCCACACUGCAUACCAGGUCACGAGCAACGGCCAUCACAGCAUUCAAGCUGUCCCCGGCUCGUGUGCCCUGCGGAAUUGAAGGAGACAGACAUCAUUUUCAUCGCUCAGCAUAGCAUCUAGCGUUUUUUUUCCUUUCAUAGCAUCUGGCGUCAAAGAGAAACCCUCUAGAAAAAAUAGAGGGGGCUACGAAUCAUGUAUCAUAUUUCAGAAUCAAAUAUCAAACAUUAACAAACAUUCAAAUGCAAUGUAUU